AUGAGCCGCUUCCUGGAAAAAAAAGGACAGUUUAAACAAAAAGCAAAUAUUACAGUGAUGGAGAAGGGUUUGCCAGCCAGGUGGGCUGUGAACUUUACCCAGGACACUGGGAGCUGCUCAGUGACCCUCUGCAGCCAGGAGCUGCCGUCAGAGUUCCUGAGAGCCUUUCCCUGUGCUGUGAGGGGUCUCAGCCCAUCGCUGUGCCAGGGACGGGGUGUUGCGUGGGGGGAGCUCUGGGGGCUGCCCUGCAGUGCUGAGCCCUGCUGUGUCCUUGCAGAGAAGGAAGAGAUCGAGCACCCCAAUAACAGCUUCAGCCCCUGCAGCAUCCACGACCGCAAGUGCCUGCAGAAGCAGCAGGCGAAGCGCGUCAACAACGGCAAUAAGAUGCGCAGCAGUGGGAGCCCACAUCCCCGCGAGGAGACCCGGCCCAUUGCACAGGGCUCGUGCCAGAGCGAGCUGCACCGUGCAUUGGAGCGACUGGCGGCCUCACAGACACGGACACACGAGGAUCUCUACGUCAUCCCCAUCCCCAACUGCGACCGCAAUGGCAACUUUCACCCCAAGCAGUGUCACCCGGCGCUGGAUGGGCAGCGGGGCAAGUGCUGGUGCGUGGACCGCAAGACGGGGGUGAAGCUGCCGGGCUUCUUGGAGCUGAAGGGGGACUUGGAUUGCCACCAGCCAGCAGACAGCAUGUGAGCGUGAGCGCGGCCGGGCCGCCCGCCGGGGCCGUGGAGGAGAGGGGACACAUCUGCUGAGCAGCUCCUGGCGCCCGGGGACCCCCGCGUGCCCCCCAUCACUGCUCUGCUGUGCCCAUGGCACGCAGCACUGUGCCACCCCAGCGCUGUGACCGCCACCCAGCAGCCGCCGGUGGCAUCCCCGUCCCUCACAGACCCUGGUGCGGACAGAUGGACACUGCCCGGGUGCCAGCAGGGCUGCUUUUAGGCUGUUUCGGUGGAGAUGCGUAAAGGAGAAAGCAGCG